UGAAUCCGCUAACGCGGUUGCGGAAACGUGGAGGCAGUUUUUUUAAAAAGAGAUAAAGAGAUACUAUUGUACUUUGUGACUUGUCACAAUUAUUCGCAAUUCUGAACUCUGAUUACAACUCCUUCGUCAUUUUGGGGGGAAGUGGGACACCAUGUAGUUCUAUAGGGAAUGAGCUACACAGGCUCGGAGGUGAACUCGAGUAACUUGGCUCUACAGGCCACGAUCACGAUUUACCACCACUAAACAGCCUGAAGGAAGUGAGCCAAACAGACCACAACAGGAAAUACUCUGCAGUAAUGGAUAAAGAGCAACAAGCUCCAGUUGAUUCUAUGGAAACAGAAGAUGAAAAUCCAACUGCUCCACUUAUUCAAGCAAAUAUUUCUGACUAUAUAAGCUGGAUAAAUGAAUAUGGUCAGAAGAAUAAGAUCAUCAUAAAGCCUAAGGAGUCAAUAAAUAUACACAAAAGUGGUUUUCCAAGAUGCUGUAGCUUUGUGGUUGAUGGGAAGGAGUACCCAACUGCCUAUGGGAAAAAUAAAAAGGAAGCUAAGGAGGAAGCAGCCAAGCUAGUAUAUCAGAGCUUGGGUGUAACAUAUAAAGAUCACAAACCGACAAAUUUCGUUGGACUUGUUCACAACUACUGUAAGAAGACAGGGCGAAUCAUUGAUAUUAUUGAAGUGAGAAGAUGUGGCCCACAACAUAACCCUGAGUUUUUCUACAAAUGUGUCAUCAACAAGAAGGAUUACCCUCAGGCUGUAGGUGGCACUAGCAAGGAAGCCAAACAAAAGGCAGCUCAGUUGGCCUGGUCUGCUCUUCAGGAACAGUCUGACUGGGACAGCAAGGUAUCCUACAGGUCAACCAUGUCUGAAGACAGUGUUUCAACAAUGCUGCCAUCCCCAGCAUCCACAGUGGAGGUCUUGUCAGAAGUCACAACAAGGAGUGAAAGUGAAUCAGUAUCAAUCACUGACCUAUCGAACUUGUUGGAGACUAAGAUGUCCCUCAUGUCAACUUCGUCUGUAGACACUCCACCAACCAGGCUGUCAACACCUUCACUGGAGUCUCUCGAAGCGUCUUCAAAAAGCAUGCCAACAAGUACGAGUGACUCCGUUAUCUUCACUGAUUCAUCACACCCUUCCAUGGAAAAGGACGCUAACAAAAACAAAAAUACAGACAACAGACCAAGUGACACAUCUGGCCAAUCACAGUUUACUUUAGACUUUGAUUGCAUUGAAUGUCUUGCUAAAGGAGGCUAUGGUCAUGUUUUCAAAGCAAGAGAUAAACUGGUGAAGAAGUAUUAUGCUGUAAAGAUUGUUCGCCACAAAGAAAAAGCUCUAAGAGAGGUUGGGGCAUUAUCAGACCUCAACCACUCUAACAUUGUUAGAUACUACAAGUGUUGGCUGGAGGAUUCAGAAUACCAGUGGGACAAUACAACUGACAGUUACAGUACUUCCCAGUCUAGUAGUAAUUCAUCACAAAAGUACCUCUAUAUUAUGAUGGAGUUAUGUGACGACAAAACACUUAAAGACUGGAUAACUGAGAAGAAUGAGAAAACUCUUGAAGAGUCUAUAAGAAGAGCAGAAAGUCUUCCCGUUAUGCAGCAAAUAGUCAGUGGAGUCGAGUGCAUUCACUCCCACAGACUCAUCCACAGGGACCUCAAGCCUACCAACAUCAUGUUUGGAAAAGAUGGAAAAGUGAAGAUUGGAGAUUUUGGUCUAGUUGCUACUGAGACUGAUGAUAAUGAUGAAAAUCAGAGUGAGAGAACAGAGAAAACAGGAACCAAGUCAUAUAUGGCUCCCGAACAGAGGACCAAAACAAGAUAUGGCUCCAAAGUGGACAUAUUUGCUCUGGGACUGAUAUAUUUUGAACUCCUUUGGAAAAUCUCUUCUGGGCAUGAAAGAGGGAAGAUUUUUACAGAUGUCAGAAAGCAAAUUCUCCCUGAAGAAUUUACACUGAAGUUUCCAGAAGAGAACCAGAUAAUCAUGUCAAUGCUGUGUCCGAGCCCAGAAAACCGACCUGAAGCAAGUACACUGAAGGCAGACCUGGAACAGUGGGCUCAAACAUUAAAUGCACAAAGAAUGCACCUAGAAAAUGUAACUGAUUGAUCAGCACUUACUAAGUGACAUAAAUACAUCUUUUGUUGUGUUUUUUUUUUUCAUGUCAUGUCUUUUUUCAUGUUUCAAUGUCUUUGAUGUACUGUUUUUUUAUGGCUAUAGCAGUUAUGUUCAGUCACUUUUUACAGAAAGUAGGAAUCAUGUUCUGUGGAAAUGUGAUUAACAUAUUUAAACUGAUGAAUUAUUACAGCCUUUGCUUUGUAAUAAAUAGACCGAUGUGGAAAAUAAAAUAACGACCAACCAGGGUGUAAUGGUCA